AUGCCUAUCCGCCUGGCAAAGCACUCGGAUCUCGGGGCAAUCUCCAAGAUCCUCUCCCUGAGUUUCUACGACGAGGAACUCAACGACCACAUAUUCCCCUACCGGAAACAAUUUCCGGACGACUACCUCUCCGUCUGGCACCAGAAGGUCGUCAAGAGUUUCUGGGACUACAACAAGAUCUGGAUCGUCAGCUACGAGCAAGACCCGUCACAGAGGUCGGGAGAGCUGAUUACCGGUGCGGCGGAAUGGGGGCGCGAGGGUAAAGGAUCAGAUCGCCUCUGGGGGGUGGUGAGAUGGUGGGAUCCGAGAAGACUGAUCUCCCCCGUCAUUGGAUUCUUCUACACCCUCCAUCGCUUCCUGUUCCGCAACCGGUCCAUCGCCGCGGCCUCGCUCGCGGACCCCAACCCGCUGAACAAAUGGAACUUUGCGUCGCGCCUGGAGCCCUUCUCCGCCCGCUUCUUCACCCGCCCCAACCACUGGGAACUCUCGACGUUGGCCGUCCACCCGGCCUACCAGGGUCGGGGCCUCGGCCAGAAAAUGGUCGCCUGGGGUCUGGACCGGGCCAGGCAGGACGGGCUGCCCGCCGUGGUCAUCGGCGCCAAGAACACCGAGCCGUUCUAUCAGCGCUGCGGCUUCAAGUACUUGGUCGGGAGUGUGUCGACGGCUGAGAUCGAGGACGAUGACCAAGGUAAUGGCAAGAAAGUCGUGCGGGUGGAUAAGUCGAAUCCGCUCAAGCUGCGCGGCAUCACGGGUGGGUCGGUCAUGUGGACAGACUUGGGGGAUGGGGAAGGGGUGAGUCAAUCAUGA